AUGCAAGGCCUUAAUCGCGUCAAGACAGUACUAGACAAGGGCGAGCUCGCCCUAGGUGUGUGGCAGCUGUUACCCGGUAGUAACAUGUCACGCACUCUCGCCAGAGCUGGGUACGAUUGGGUAUUGGUGGACUGCGAGCAUGGAAACAUCGAUGAUGCCGCGAUGCAUGAAGCCGUCCCCGCCAUCACGUCAUAUGGGGUGAGCCCAAUUGUACGGGUUCCGGACUUCCAGUCCUGGAUGAUCAAACGUGCCCUGGAUGCAGGUGCGCAUGGGGUUCUCGCACCUCUCGUGCGAACAGUGGAAGACACAAAGGCAUUUGUUGAAGCCUGUCAAUUCCCACCGCAGGGCAAGCGAGGCUUUGGAUCACCUUUCCCAAUGGAUCGAUUUGGCCGCAAUGUAUCAGCAACACAGUACCUCACCGAGGCCAACGCCAAUCUGUUACUUGCUGUCCAAAUCGAGACCAAGGAAGCAUUUGAUAGUGUCGACGCCAUCGCUGCCGUUGAUGGGCUCGACGUGUUGUUCGUUGGACCCUUUGAUCUGGGUAAUGGCAUCGGCCACCCUGUGCUAGGUGCUACUUUUGCGCCUGAAUUGGAGCGGGCUAUCGAAGUAAUCAUGAAGGCCGCGCACAAGGCGGGCAAGAAGGCCGGUAUCUAUUGUGGGAAUGGGAAACAGGCGAAGCAAUAUGCCGACUUGGGCUAUGAUUUGGUCAACGUUGUGACCGAUGUUGGUGCUCUGACUAGCUCGCUGGCGAGUGAGAUGGAGAUCGUCACUCAAAAAGCCGGCAAGACUGCCUCUGGUCCGUAUGGUAGCUAA